AUGGGCACCUCUUCCAUAAUUGCCCUCCUAGCGAUAAUUUUAUCGACACUUGUCUACCUGACCAUCAACUCUAGGCUGAUUCUUAGUCGAAACAGUCUCCUUUCCCGAUUCCGCGUCUUGCCUACUGUAAGGUACCUCGCUAACUUUAAAGUCUUUCUCCCAUACCUACUACCAAGGAACAAUCGUAAAGUUCAGCUCUGUCUUGCAACAUGCCUAGCUUGCAUGAUUGGAGAACGAUUCUUAAACGUCCUUGUACCGCGGCAGAUUGCACUCGUCGCCGAUAAGCUCUCAGCCGGCGAAACACCAUACGGCGACUUGGCGUGGUACAUUCUGUUUCUUCUCCUGCAUGGCGAGUCUGGCCUCGGUCUGGUCAUCGCCCUGUGCAAGGUUCCAAUCAAGCAGUUUUCCCAUGAGCAGCUUACCAUGGCGGCGUUUUGUCACGCUAUAGGCCUCUCUGUUAAUUUUCAUGCCAACGAGAAUGCUGCUGAAGUCGCGAUUGCCAUCGGACAAGGAGACAAACUCGUGACCGUGGUUGAGGCGACAGUGCUGGAGGUAGUCCCAACCGUCAUCGACAUUGGCGUGGCAUUUGCCGUAUUGAAUGCCAAGUAUAGUCUAUCCGUUUCUGUAUACAUGGUCGCUGCGGCUGUUGUCUUUGUUCUCCUUGAAGCUGUAACUUCGAGCUGGAAUGUGGCACGUAGACGAACAGUAGCUGGGCUUGCAAGAGACGAAAAGAACAUAAUACUCCAGGCUUUACAAGGCUGGGCGACGGUGUCAAUUUUCAACAUGUUUGCUCAUGAACGGAGACGACUGGACAACGCAACUAGCACCUACCUUGAUGCACAGGCAGAGUGGGCAAGGCGCGACGCUUUUGUGAAAGCCUUCCGCCAAGGACUUGUCCCUGCUAUCUUCUUUAUUCUAGCAUGCCUUGUAAUUCGUGGCAUUCACCACGGUCGCCUGUCGCCUGGUGACUUUGUGUUUCUCGUCCAAUAUUGGGAGUAUCUCAUCUGGCCUAUCAAGCUGCUCGCACAUUCCUAUAGACAACUGGUUUUGCAGCUUAUUGAGGCUGAACAACUAUUGGACCUCUUUAAGGCGCAGCCUGAUAUUCUUGAUACGGUGGGUGCAAAGCUGUUAGAGAAUGUCCGAGGGUUUGUCGAGUUUGAUCACGUCACGUUUUCCUAUGAUGACAAACAGCUUGCUCUAAAAGACAUAUGCAUCAGUGCAAUAGCUGGCGAAACUGUAGCCCUAGUAGGAGCAACGGGCUCAGGAAAGUCAUCGCUACUAAAACUGCUGAUGAGGCUUUACGACGUACAAGAAGGGCGUAUUACGAUAGAUGGACGAGACGUCCGUGAUAUAACCCAAUCCUCACUUCGGGACGCCUUAGCUGUGGUCCCGCAAGAUCCCCAGCUCUUCAAUACAUCGAUAUUGGAGAAUAUUCGCUACGCUAAACUUACUGCCUCAGAUGAGGAUAUUUUCACAGCAUGCCGUCUAGCUGCUAUUCAUGACAACAUCCUCGCACUCACAAACGGGUAUAGUACCAACGUCGGCGAGAAUGGGAUGAAGCUGAGUGGCGGCGAAGUACAACGACUUGCGAUUGCUCGAGCGUUCUUAAGGGACUCGCCCAUUCUUAUACUGGAUGAAGCGACGAGCGCUGUUGACACUAAAACCGAAGCGCAGAUUCAAGAUGCGCUUAAGAGACUUUGUAAGACGAGGACUACGUUUGUAGUGGCGCAUAGGCUGUCUACCAUCGCAAGUGCUGAUCAGAUUAUUGUACUGGAUGAGGGUGCGAUUAUUGAGAAAGGGACGCAUGAAUGGCUCCUGGGGCAUAAUGGAAAGUUUGCAGACCUAUGGAACAAACAGAUGUGCCAAAUGGCUCAGGCGAAUAUGGACUAA